CGCAGAAGAUAAUUACGGAUGCGGUGGAGUUCAGUUGCCACCGCAAAGCCGGGCUGCUCACUUCGCUGCUUGAGUACAUUUGACUCCCGGUCUGCCUCCCAGGAAUUGUACGGACAAUGCCAGACCUGCACGGAAAAGUGGCCGUGAUAACGGGUGCUUCAUCAGGAAUCGGGGAAGCUACGGCAGUGCGUUUCGCCUCCCAUGGCUGCUGGCUUGCGCUGACUGGAAGGAACAAAAAGGCCUUGGAAAGCGUGGCUGAGGCGUGCUGCGCGAAGGGGAUUCCUCAAGACAAGGUGCUUGUGGUACCCGGCGAUAUCACAGUCGAGGAGGAUAUUGCUGCUAUAGUGGAAGCGACAGCCAAGCAUUUUGGAAAAAUUGACAUACUGGUGAACAAUGCAGGAAUCACCAUGGGGAAGACUCUUGAAAACUCAACUGUAGAGGACUACAAUCUCGUCUGGCAAACUAACUUUCGGGGUCCUCUCUGGAUGAUAAAAUACACUGUUCCCUACUUACGGCGAACGAAAGGCAGCAUUGUCAACGUUUCAAGCAUAGCAUCGACAAUUGCGGUCAACGUCGCAACACCUUACUGCGUAACGAAAGCCGCACUGGAUCACCUGUCCCGAUGCGCAGCACUAGAGAAUGCGCCAUUUGGGGUGCGCGUGAACACCGUCAACCCAGCGGUCAUCAAGACACCCAUGGGAAAACAGCCUGGGGCCACGUUGGAAGAGCAUAUGCGGACGCUGGAGCUGACGGGUACCGCACACGCCUUGGGCAGGCCAGGCACCGCGGACGAGGUUGCCCGUUGCAUCGCAUUCCUGGCCUCGGACGACGCCUCCUUCGUCACUGGAAUUACAAUGCCCGUCGAUGGUGGCUUGCAGCUGUGCUCGACCCUCAACCGUCGUAAUAUCUGAAGGGAGACCUAAAGGGCAACGUGAUAGCAAAUCAUGAUACAUAGGCGGCGUUGGCGAGUGAUGCACAAGGGAAGAGAAAAAAGUUUUGGGAUUGCACUGGCUCCUGAUAUGAAGACAUAUUCAUCAAGAAUCAUUAAGGAGCAUAUGCAUAUAUGUUUAUAGACUAAUAAAUAUGU